CCUUCUUGUGCCUGAGUAAUGCUGACUGCACUGGGUAUUGCAGUGAUCGCAGGCUAUGGGCAUCACUACCAGAGUUGUUAGUCGCCCAUGAAAUCUCAGUAUGGAGAACAACGAGGCUGAUACAGAAGCUCGUCCUCUGAAAACCAAUGAUGAAAAAGUCUUGGAAAACAAUGACACUACUGGAGACACAAAUGACUCUAAUAAGAAACCGAGCUGGUUAUCACGUUGCCGCACUGCAGCCUUUUUUGCCUCGCUAUUUCUAUGCUUGACUGCUGUAUUCGCCUUUUCUUUUAUAAUCCCAUGUCCUGUGAGGCCAUAUUCCCAGAGGACAUGGAGUGUACAAUAUAGCAGAGCAAGCACUUACGCUUUUUUGUCCACUGAAGAUGUGAAUCAGGAUAAUGUUCAAGAUGUGCUUUUCCUAUUUAAAGCAGAUGACACAGAUAACCUCAAUGUGACCUGUGCAGAUGAAGGUUUUCGUUCUCCGUGUUCCUUUUUAACUGCUUUAUCUGGGACAAAUGGAAGUACUUUGUGGAUCAAGCCUGUUGCUGAAGAUGUGCGGUUAGCGGAAUGUGGUAUAACUAACCUUGGUGGUAUGGAAUUUUCUGGCUGCAUCAUCAGUGGGAGACCAGAGUCUUUAAUGGCAAUUAAUUCUCACACAGGAAAUAUUCUUUGGAAAACAGCCACUGGCUUUGCAUCUAAUUCUGUUGUUAGAAAACCUGUACUCAAAAUUCCAGAUGUGAACGGGGAUGACGUGCAAGAUCUGAUGAUUUUUGUCUCAGUAGAAGAUGAGAUGCAAAGCUUUAUUUUCUCGGGAAAAAAUGGUGACCGCAUUGGCCAAAAUAAAAGUAUUGGGAUUCCGAGGAAAGAUGGCCAUUACACACAUGCUACAGCAUCUGGCUCUCAGUAUGUCCUCAUGUAUACAGGAGGCUCAAUUGAAGGUUAUUCUGUCAGAGAUUUAUAUUCUAGAAUUACAGAUGAUGAAAUAAAACCUGUAACACUAAAGACAGAUCCUGACUGGGAGGGACAAACAAAUCAUUCUGCAGGUUAUAUUCCCAUUCUUCCUAUUUCCAGCUCUGGUGAUAUUCGCUAUUUAUUAAAGAUUCCUGGAAAGUAUUACAACAACAUUUUGAUUGUGAAAACAGAGGUUUCUGAAUUGCUCGAUGGACAGAAGUUUCGUUCAUUGUGGUCUCUAAAUACAACAAACAUUCUAAGCAAGCCAGCACUUGGGUACUUUAAGAAAGAUGUCUUGUCCAUAAUGAUGGAGCUUGGAAUUGGAAAUGGAAGAAAGAAGGUAAUAAUUAUUGACAGCAACAGUGGAACAGUACAGUGGGAAGUAGAAAUGAAUUUGGGAAUUGUCAAUCCAAAUCCUGCUACACUGAAAACAGGAGAUCAUCGGUCCUUCUUCCUCUUUUGGGGUGAAGACAAUCCAGACUUGAACAGCACAAUGGAGGCAAGAGAAAACCUGUACAUGUUUCAUCCAUCAUAUUCCAAAGCUUUACUUCAGCUGAACAAUAAUACCAAAAACAUAGUAAUGUUUGAUGCUUUUCUAUUUGAGAAAAGUCGGCACGCUUGCUACGUCCUAUUAAGCGGACCAAACACACUGGAAAUGUUUAACAAUGUGUCCAUUUCUAAACGAAAGCUAAAGGAAGAUAUCACAACAAGCAAAAUUGUGUGGCUUAGCAAGGAGACAGCCAACGAAAAGGAUAUAAGAGACCACUUUUUUAGAAUGAGAUAUUCAAGUCAUUGAUAGAAAUGAUUGC